AUGAGCCGCCAGUUCACCUGCAAGCCAGGAGCUGUCGCCAAGGGAGGCUUCAGCGGCUGUUCUGCAGUACUCUCUGGGGGCAGCUCAUCCUCCUACCGGGCAGGGGGCAAAGGGUUGAGCGGGAGCUUUGGAAGUCGGAGCCUCUACAACCUAGGGGGUGCCCGGAGCAUCUCCUUCAAUGUGGCCAGUGGCAGUGGGAAGAAUGGAGGUUUUGGAUUUGGCCGCAGCCGGCCCAGUGGCUUUGCUGGCAGCAUCUUUGGCAGUGUGGCUCUGGGGCCUGUGUGCUCGACCGUGUGUCCACCUGGAGGCAUCCACCAGGUCACCGUCAAUGAGAGCCUCCUGGCUCCCCUCAAUGUGGAGCUGGACCCCGAGAUCCAGAAAGUGCGUGCCCAGGAGCGGGAGCAGAUCAAGGCGCUGAACAACAAGUUUGCCUCCUUCAUUGACAAGGUGCGGUUCCUGGAGCAGCAGAACCAGGUGCUGGAGACCAAGUGGGAGCUGCUGCAGCAGCUGGACCUGAACAACUGCAAGAACAACCUGGAGCCCAUUCUUGAAGGCUACAUCAGCAACAUGCGGAAGCAGCUGGAGACACUGUCAGGGGACAGAGUGAGGCUGGACUCAGAGCUGAGGAAUGUGCGUGAUGUGGUGGAGGACUACAAGAAGAGGUAUGAAGAGGAGAUCAACAGGCGGACAGCUGCAGAAAACGAGUUUGUGCUGCUCAAGAAGGAUGUGGAUGCUGCUUAUGCCAAUAAAGUGGAACUGCAGGCCAAGGUGGACUCCAUGGACCAGGACAUCAAGUUUUACAAGUGUCUCUUUGAAGCUGAGUUGGCUCAGAUCCAGUCCCACAUCAGCGACAUGUCUGUCAUCCUGUCCAUGGACAACAACCGGAACCUGGACCUGGACAGCAUCAUUGAUGAGGUCCGCAAUCAGUACGAGGACAUCGCCCUGAGGAGCAAGGCUGAGGCUGAGGCCCUGUACCAGACCAAGUUCCAGGAGCUGCAGCUGGCAGCUGGCCGGCAUGGAGAUGACCUGAAAAACACCAAGAAUGAGAUCACAGAGCUCAACCGGCUCAUCCAGAGACUCCGCUCAGAGAUUGAGAAUGCCAAGAAGCAGGCUUCUAACUUGGAAACAGCCAUCGCUGAUGCAGAGCAGCGAGGAGACAGUGCCCUCAAGGAUGCCCGGGCCAAACUGGAUGAGCUGGAGAGUGCCCUGCACCAGGCCAAGGAUGAGCUGGCCCGGAUGAUGCGCGAAUACCAGGAGCUCAUGAGCCUGAAGCUGGCUCUAGACAUGGAGAUCGCCACCUACCGCAAGCUGCUGGAGAGCGAGGAGUGCAGGAUGUCAGGAGAAUAUCCUUCCCCUGUCAGCAUCUCCAUCAUCAGCAGCACCAGUGGCAGCAGUGGCUAUGGCUUACGUCCCAGCACCGUCAGUGGUGGCUACGUAGCUAAUAGCACCAGCUGCAUCUCUGGCGUGUGCAGUGUCCGUGGUGGAGAGGGCAGGAACCGGGGCAGUGCCAGUGAUUACAAGGAUACCCUGGGGAAAAGCUCUAGCCUGAGCACCUCCUCCAAGAAAGGCAGUCGGUAG